UCCCUCCCAAUCGUCACAAAACAUUCCUUUCCAUCAACCUUUUUCUAAUCUCUGUUUCUUUGCCAACCUAUCUUUCCUUUGGUUCCUCCCCAAGCCACGCCCUUCGCUCUCCUCCCCAUCUCUCUGAAAGGAGGCAGUGCAAAGGUUGCUGCUUUUGAAAGCUGAAUCAGAAGCUGGGAAGGAGGGCUUGAUGGGAAGGGAGGGUGGGCAGACCGAUGAGUUCCCUGUUGGCAUGCGUGUUCUCGCCGUCGACGAUGAUCUGACUUGCCUGAAGGUGUUGGAGGCUCUGCUGCUUCGGUGCCGAUACCAUGUGGCUACGACGAAUCAUGCUACUAUGACUAUCAAGUUGCCGAGGGAGAGCAGCGACAAAUUUGUGGUUAUCAGUGAUGUGCAUAUGCUAGACAUCGAUGGUUUCAAGAUUCUGGAAAUUGUGAGCCCGGAGUUGGACCUACCAUAUAUCAUGUUGUCAGUGAACAGUGAGAUCAAAACUGUGAUGAAAGGCAUAACCCAUGGCGCAUGUGACUACCUGCUAAAGCCUGUUCGGAUCGAGGAGCUCAGGAAUAUAUGGCAGCAUGUUUUUAGGAGAAAGAAGCUCCAUCACAGGGAUUAUAGCAAGUUUGAUAAUUGGGAGGAAUCUCAUAGGCAUCAGAAUGAACUAUCCAACCACUCGAGGGCUGUUUGGUCUAUCGACCGACACCAGAAGUUUGUAGCUGCUGAUAAUCAAUUAGGGAUUGACAAGGCUGUCCCUAAGAGGAUACUAGAGCUCAUCAAUGUCGAGAAGCUUACAAGAGAAAAUGUUGCGAGUCAUUUACAGAAGUAUCGGCUUUACAUGAAAAGACUUAGUGCUGUGGCAAGCCAACAGGCUACCACGGUUGCUGCUUUUGGAGGUAGGGAGCCUUCCCAUCUGCAUAUGGGUUCAUUGGAUGGAUUUGGGAGCUUCUAUGCAUUCAGCGACCUGCCAUUACAUCACUCCAGCCAAGUGAAGUGCUUGGGGAUUCCUACAUCAUCAGAGCUUGAGCAACUUCAACCAAAAAGAAUUCAGGAAUGGAACAGUCAUUCGCAAGUUGUUUUGUCAAAUGGUUCUUCUAGCAGUGGACAUUUUUCUUGCAGACCCAGCAGCUCUUUUGUCAAUUCGACUAGCAAUGCUCUUAUAUCAUAA